UUGAAAACGAUUUCCUUAUCCGAUGUUCUUUUCUGACACAGCGCAAGCGGAAGAAAGGCAAGCUUAGGAACGUUUUCUUACCAGCUGGGAUGGAUCUUAAUGAUCUUAACAAGGUCUGGGAAAUCAAGCCGCUCCAGAGAAUCGGAGAAGAUGAGGCGAGGAAGAUUCUUCAAAAGGUAGCUAAGCAGGUUCAACCAAUAAUGCGAAAAAGAAAAUGGAAAGUCAAUGUUCUUUCUGAAUUCUGUCCUGCAAAUCCAUCUCUUUUAGGGUUAAACAUAGGACCGGGUGCUGAAAUAAAGCUAAGACUACGAAGGCCUAACAGUGAGUGGGAUUUCUUCCCGUAUGAGCAGAUUCUUGAUACCAUGUUGCAUGAGCUUUGCCAUAACGAACAUGGUCCCCAUAAUGCUCAAUUUUAUAGUCUUUUGGAUGAAAUCAGGAAGGAAUGUGAAGAAUUGAUGGUCAAAGGGAUUAGUGGCACUGGGAAAGGAUUUGACCUUUAUGGGAGACGUCUGGGUGGGUUCUCGCAGGUACCACCUCUGUCAUCACUUCGCCAGACCGCAUUGGCUGCUGCUGAAAGCAGAGCACGUCAUAGAGUUUUGCUUCCUUCUGGACCUCAGUAUUUAGGUGGUAACAAUAAUAUUAAGUCUGGUCUGAGUCCAAUACAAGCUGCUGCCAUGGCUGCUGAAAUGAGACUGCAUGAUGACUUGUGGUGUGGAUCAAAGUCUGUAGGGGGUGAGACUUAUAUGCAGGAGAAUACAAGUUCUGGUGGACCUUCUGAGAGAUCUAUUCGAACUUCAUCUACAGUGACCAAGGAAACAUUUGAGGGAGCACAAUGGCAGUGCAACACUUGCACUUUAUUAAAUAAGCCAUUAGCAUUACUAUGCGAAGCCUGUGGAACAAAGAAGCAGAAAGAUGGUUCCAAGUUCAAAGUUUGGUCUUGUAAAUUUUGCACUCUAGAAAACAGUGCUGAGCUAGAUCGAUGCUUAUGUUGUGGAGAAUGGAGAUAUUCACACGGCCCGCCAGUGUCUGUCCGUGGGCCAUACAUUGGCACGUAACUGGGCGAAAGUCAACGAAUCCAUGUAAAUAUGCUGGUCAUGUAAUCGACGUGUUUGUACACCAUGAUAGCAUGUGCUGUAUGAUGUUUUUGUGAGAAAUUAGAAAUAUAAUUUACUGGAUAUAGCUUGAUCUAUUUGUUUGAAAUAGUCAAAUUAGAAGUAAUUAGUGAAAUAAGAGGUAAUGACUAUAAUGUUCGUUAUUAUCUCAAGAAAUAGAGGGUGGCUGUUCGACGAUAUAAAAUGGUGGGAACCGCUCAUCCAACAUGCCACAUCAUUCUAUUGAAAAAAAUAUCGUAGAAUUAUUUUUGCUAUAUAGCAUUUUUAAUUUAUUGUAAAUGUUCUUGUUACCGAAGGGUUUUGUCUGUUCUUAAUUAAAAUAUUCU